CUAGCGGGCAGCCGGGAGUCCUUUUUCUUUCGGGACCUGGAAGAGAGCGGUGAAGGGAAAGCGAGCAGCGAGGAUUUGAGCGGAGAAGACGGCGGGGCUCAGCGGUGGACAUCCGGGAGUGGAAGACCUGCAGCCACAUGUGACCAACAGCGACAUAAAACAAUUCUAAAGUGCCGUUAUGACAGGCAGUAUUCCCCAAGACAGAUAUAAGGCUGUUUGGCUCAUCUUUUUCAUACUUGGUCUUGGGACGCUCUUGCCAUGGAAUUUUUUCAUGACAGCUUCAGAGUACUUUAUCGACCGCCUGAAGGAUUCUCACAGCAAUGUAUCAUUGUUGGAGUCCCAUGCCAAUGUGAACGUCACAGGAAAAGAGGACUCUUACAAUCUUGCUAAUGUGAAUGGCACAGGGAAGAAGGAAGCUUACCUGCAGUCCAUAUUUAAUAAUGUGAUGACAUUGUGUGCCAUGUUGCCUCUACUCAUCUUCACCUGCCUUAACUCUUUUAUCCACCAGAGGAUCCCUCAGCAAAUACGGAUCAUAUCUAGUUUGGUUGCCAUCUUCUUGGUCUUCAUGGUAACAGUGAUCCUAGUCAAGGUUGAAAUGGAGCCUUUGACUUUUUUCAUCAUUACUAUGGUCAAGAUAGUCCUCAUCAAUUCUUUUGGGGCCAUUCUCCAAGGCAGCCUUUUUGGAUUGGCAGGGCUCCUUCCCGCCAGUUACACGGCACCUAUUAUGAGUGGGCAGGGCCUCGCAGGGACAUUCGCAGCUGUAGCUAUGAUCUGUGCUAUUGCCACUGGUUCCAAACUAAAAGAAAGUGCCUUUGGUUACUUCAUCACUGCCUGUGUUGUGAUCCUGAUAGCUAUUGGCUCCUAUAUCAUGUUGCCUCGUCUGGAUUUUUUCUGCUUUUAUUCGAUGAAGAAUAAGAGAGAAUAUGCAACUUCUGUGACUCAGGCUGAGAUGGAAACAAAAGUUGAUCUCAUCAAGAAAGAUGUGGUUAAUGGUGUUGAACGAAACCACUCUAGGAAUGGAGAUCCCCUUGCCUCCAGCCACAGAGCUUCAGUCCUUGGCAUCUUCAAAAAGAUAUGGGUUAUGGCUGUUUCUGUCUGCUUAGUUUUUACUGUUACAAUUGGAGUCUUCCCAGCUGUCACCGUUGCAGUAAAGCCAACUAUUGGAAAAAAUACACUUUGGGUUUCCUAUUUCAGCCCAGUUGCUUGUUUCCUGAUGUUUAACAUCUUUGACUGGGCAGGAAGGAGCCUCACAGCUGUCUGUGUUUGGCCUGGAAAAGAGAGCCGCCUGUUACCCUUCCUGGUGAUUGUCCGUCUGAUUUUCAUUCCCCUCUUCAUGCUGUGUAACGUGGAACCCCGCCGUAACCUGCCUGUCAUCUUUGCUCACGAUGCCUGGUACCUCACCUUCAUGCUGUUAUUCUCCAUCUCCAAUGGUUACUUGGCCAGCCUCUGCAUGUGCUUUGGACCCAAGAAGGUGCUGUCUCAUGAAGCGGAAACUGCUGGAGCCAUCAUGGCCUUCUUUCUCUCCUUGGGUCUGGCUUUAGGAGCCAUCUUAUCCUUUCCACUCAAAUACGCAAUCUAAUGACAAUACCGUGGGGCAUCUCUGGGCAGAGGAGCAGUAGAGUUAUGUUACCACGGAGCAUUUCUUGCCUGGUUCCUGGGAACUUGUUGCCUUAAUACCUCUUGGCUUGGAAGAGGGUUUCUCUCUUACUGACCAGAUGGCCUGGCUUCUCCUUGGGCAUAAGACCUCCUCCUUCACAUACAUACACGCACACACACUUGACCAGUGCCAGCUAUGAAUGAUUUACAUUGUCUUGACGUGUUCUGCUUCACUAUCUGUGGCAAAAGAGAAUUGUUCCCAAUCCACCUUCCAGCUUUUCAGCUGCUCCUGUGAAUUUGUUGAAUGUGCUCACACUUCCUUAGUGUCUGCUCUACCCUCAAAAGGCAAGACAUUGAAGAAGCUGCUGCACUCCCCCAAAUGCUCUUCAUUAAAUAACUCCAUGGAAAAGGAGUCCUCUUCUUCAGCUGCAUGUUCAAGCUUUUAGAAUCCAUGGUUUGUGGACAUUCAGAAUUAGGCAAGAACCUCAACAGCUAUUACUUGGAGACGGGUGAUGGAAAGUGGAUCUUGGCUAUUUCCACAUUCUUAAGUAGUUUGGACAACAACAACUGCAGGGCCAUGAAGUACGGGCUACUUUGAAAAUGGAAGUAUUUUGCAUACAAACUGAAUACGCCUUUUCUUCUGAAGGCUCACCUUGUCUCUUUUCCAAGAUUUUGCAUGAUCUGGCUCUAAGGAGCAGCGCUAAAUGGGCUCGUGAACUCUUCAGCAUAGUGCAAACGAUAAAACAGAUCAUUCCCAAACCCGGCUGUUCAGAGCCCCUGCAGUUUUCUGUGCUUCUUCAUGGAUUUAUGAAACUCAGGAUUUGCAUAUUUGAACUCUGUUUAAAAAUGGCAAAUUUUUUUCUAAGAGAAAGGUUGUAACAAAUAAAAAAUAAGGGUGGUUUUUUUUGUAAAGUU